AUGGUGAUGGAGAAAUCAAAACGAGCGCGCGCGAGCGAUGCGGGCGGGAAAGAGGCGAAGAAGGCUGCGGGGGCGAACGGACAAGCGGCGGCGACAAUGGCGGAGGAGAAGCUAGCGGAAUUCGUGGAGAAGAUGCGGAAACUGCACGAGGAGAUCGAGGAGGUGACGGACAAGGCGACCGAGGAGGUGCUGGAGGUGGAGCGCUCGUUUGUGUCACAACGCCGGAGGCCGCUGUACGAUAAGCGCAAGGCCGUGCUCGAUAAGAUCCCGCACUUCUGGCAGAACGUGCUGUGCAACUGCGGUGCGAUACGGCACAGCACGGUGGAGCAGGAUGUGAAGGUGUUGAAGCACCUCACGAGUCUAGACGUGGAGGAAUGCAAGGAGGAGGGCGAUAUCGGUUACACCAUCACCAUGGAUGAACUCACACUGCGCGUCACGGGCACUCGCAUCAACUGGAAAGAGUGGCAGGUGGGCAGGGCAAGAGGAGAGGCUUGGGGCAGGUGGGCAGGGAGGGAGGGUGGGGCCAGGACUACAGUCACUACACAGCAGCAGGCAUCAAGGCAUAUGUGGACGAUGAAGAGGAGGAGGCUCACCCUUUCGCCCACAUCGCUUCCUUUCUCACGCCCCUCUCCUCUCAACCCCUUUCUCACGCCCCUCUCCUCUCAACCCCUUUCUCACGCCCCUCUCCUCUCAAACCCCUUUCUCACGCCCCUCUCCUCUCAACCCCUUUCUCACGCCCCUCUCCUCUCAACCCCUUUCUCACGCCCCUCUCCUCUCAACCCCUUUCUCACGCCCCUCUCCUCUCAACCCCUUUCUCACGCCCCUCUCCUCUCAACCCCUUUCUCACGCCCCUCUCCUCUCAACCCCUUUCUCACGCCCCUCUCCUCUCAACCCCUUUCUCACGCCCUUCUCCUCUCAACUCUCACCUCGCAGGACUACACAGCAGGCAUCAAGGCAUAUGUGGACGAUGAGGAGGAGGAGGAGGAGGAGGGGGAGGAGGGGGAAGAGGGCAAGGAGCAGCUCGUCAGGUGA